ACCAAAUACGAGCACCAUUAAUUGGUUGAAUAGUCCUUUUCUUACCUGCUGUCGUCCUUCGCUGGGGAUUCAUAGACAUGCCGGUUGCUGUGUCUACCUCGCCUGCACUGGAGGACUUGUCCUCUCAGUUUCCUCUGACUUUCCCUGUUCCGACACCAACAACUCAUCCUGACCUAGUCUCUACCAAGGAUCUACACCGCGAAGAGGAUCUGUUGCGAAACCCUGACUCAUUUCGUCUAUGGUGGACUACUAUUCAGAAUACGAAAGAGGUCUCUGCUGCUCUCCAAAAGCUUGAAGGUCCUUCGGAUCUGUCUCCAGAUGCCGCUGCAUUGCUUGGACCUCUCUCAUCUACGGAAGCUCGUAGAGCUUUGCAGAGAUUGACCUAUCUAUACGAAGCUGCUCUCGUUCAAUUUCCUACUUCCUUCAAACUAUGGAAGUCAUACCUGCAGACGCGAAUGUCUUUCGUUCUGGGUAGAUUGGUACCGAAGAAAAGAGCCGGUGGAAGGAAGAAGUUCCCGGAGAUGAGGGAUGCUCUUGAGGAGGAGAAAGAAGAUUUGGAACAGUGGGAAGGUGGUUUGGAUGGCGUCGUAGGCUGGGAGGAGUGGAAAUCACUUGUCGCAACUUUCGAACGUGCACUUAUGUGGCUUCCAAGGCUGCCGCGUCUAUGGUUGCUAUAUCUAUCGAUAUUCAACCACCCCUUCUGCCCACCUAUCAUCUCACAUACCCAUGCACGCCGAACCUACGAUCGUGCGCUUCGUACCCUCCCUCCCUCUCUUCACCACCGUAUCUGGGUUCGCUACCUUCUGUGGGCUGAAAGCAGAGGUGGCGUUACCACUGUCGCUGUAUACCGUCGUUACCUCACAGUGGAUCCCAGUAUCACAGAGCGAUACACUACUCUGUUGCUUUCCCCAGAAAAUCCAUCACCACGCCCUCUUGAAGCAGCCAAGCUCCUACUUUCACUCGCACGCAAGGCAGCCCAGGGUAAAUACACAAGUCCUGAAGGCAAGAGUCCAUACCAGCUACUCUGUGACUGGUUGGAGGUUGUCGAGCAACAUGCGGACGAAGUUGGAAUGGAUGUGGAUGACACAGUGGUUUCGAAUGCAGCUAUCGCUAAAGCUGACGGCGAGGCACAGACAGCUGCCUCCAAACCUCAGGCGGAAAUCGAGUCUGCCUCAACUAAAGGCAGAUUGAUCAGGUUUGCUGGACCUCCAGUUGCUUUAGGUCUUGAUGGCAAAGAGCUCCCGCUGUACGACGAGGAUGAAGACCCGCUCAGUCCGAGGAAACUCAAUAUUGAGAACAUAAUCUUGAAGGACGGUCUUGAGGUCUACAAGGAUCAAGCUGGCCGACUUUGGACAGGAUUGGCGACCUACUGGAUCAAACGCGGCGAAUUCGAUCGUGCUAAAGACACAUUCGAGAAGGGGUUGGCUUCCGUGUUGACCAUCAGGGACUUCACGCAGAUAUUCGAUGCUUAUGCUGAGUUCUCGGAGAGUCUGAUCAGUGCCAUGAUGGAAAGCCUGGCGAACCCUGAUGAAGACGAAGAUGAGGAGGACGUGAAGGAGACCGAGCAGGAGCUGGAUGCAAGGAUGAAGGAGUUCGAGGAGUUGAUGGAUCGAAGACCGUUCCUUGUGAAUGACGUUUUGCUCCGUCGGAACCCUAAUGACGUUCAAGAGUGGGAGAAGCGUGUGGCAUUGUGGGGAGAGAACGAUGAAAAAGUUGCAGAGACAUAUACUGAGGCGCUUUCGACAGUCAACCCUCGAAGAGCGACAGCGAACUUCCACAGACUAUACAUCAACUUCGCCAAGUUCUACGAAGAGGGCGGUACGGCUGGCGAAGCGGAGCCCGAUCUUGAUAGCGCACGUAAGAUACUUGAGAAGGGCACAAAAGUGAACUUCAAGAAUGUGGAUGACCUUGCUGAAGUUUGGUGUGAGUGGGCAGAGAUGGAAAUUCGACACGACGGUUAUGACGAGGCUAUUCGUGUGAUGCAACGGGCAGCGUUCGUUCCGAAGAACCCCAAGGUCAACUACCAUGAUCAUACACUAUCUGCUCAGACACGACUUUUCAAGUCCCUCAAACUCUGGUCGUUCUACGUUGACCUGGAAGAGUCUCUGGGCACUGUAGAAUCGACCAAGACAGUCUACGACAAGAUUUUGGAGCUUCGUAUAGCCAACGCUCAGAUUAUUGUGAACUAUGCUUCAUUCUUGGAGGAGAACAAGUAUUACGAAGAAAGUUUCAAGGUGUACGAACGUGGUGUUGAGCUUUUCACGUUCCCCGUAUCGUUCGAGCUCUGGAACAUAUACCUUGCAAAGUUCAUCAAGCGAUAUGGUGGUACCAAGGUAGAACGUACACGAGACUUAUUCGAGCAAGCAUUGGACAAAUGCCCGGAGAAGUCGUGCAAGCCCAUAUUCCUCAUGUACGCAACGUACGAGGAAGAGUAUGGUCUUGCCAAGCGUGCAAUGGCCAUCUACGAUCGUGCCACACAGGUGGUCGCAGAUGAAGACAAGUUCGCGCUCUUCACCGUCUAUAUCGCGAAAGCCACCGAAAACUAUGGUCUUCCCGCGACCCGGCCCAUAUAUGAACGUGCACUUGAGAUCCUUCCCGAUAGACAAACCGCCGAGAUGUGCCUGCGCUUCGCCUCCAUGGAACGCAAACUGGGCGAAAUCGACCGUGCACGGGCAAUUUACGCACACGCAUCCCAAUUCUGCGAUCCUCGUGUCAACCCCAACUUCUGGCAAGAAUGGCACAACUUCGAGAUCGAGACUGGAUCCGAAGACACCUUCAGAGAAAUGCUUCGUAUCAAGCGAAGUGUGCAAGCACAGUUCAAUACCGAAGCGUCAUACCUUGCUGCACAGAUGGCUUCCAAGGAAGGUUCGAUGGAGGCUGAGGAAGAGGCACCUGCAGAUGCCAUGGCGGCAGCUGAGAGACAAGCUGCAGGUGGGGCGAAGGGUCCGGCAUUCGUCGCUGCGAAGCAGAGUGUGAAUGUCCGACUGGAGGAAGCACCAACCGUUGCUGUUGCAGCGCAAAAGAAUGAGGACGAGAUCCAGAUCUCGGACGAGGAGGAUCUAUGAUUGUAAUAUUUGUUGCUGCUUUUUUUGUACCAUGUCAUUAUUGCCGUUUCAUUUGCUACUCCCAUCGAUCGAUUUCUGCUUCGCAGAGGUCUUCCCAUUGCGCUUCCCAUCCGUCUUCCUGAAGGAAUGGUUGAGUGACCCAUUUGUUGAUUGCUUCACGGGAGGCUUCAAAUUUGACUGAGUGACUGCGAAGUAGAUCGACCAGUUCAAUGUGCAUUUGAAGUGAACGGUGGUAGGGGAUAAGGAUAUCAGGAAGCGUUGAGGCUGGAAACAAUGUUAGUAUCACAUACUGAGAGAGCAUACAAUGAGAC